GGGUGAUCACUUGAAGCUAUCUGAAGUGUUAACGCCCGGACAAUGCGUACUGGGGUAUGCCUAGGUACAUUAGCAAUUCGGUCAUAAGGGUUACCUAUAAGAGCAAGCCUAUGCUCCUACAUUCCCCGUCGAAGUUGAUUUCCUAACCCCUUUUCGUAACUGCAUGAUUCAGCCGUCUUCAGGGCUAGUAAUAAUACCUAAAGUUGUGUGGUGCUUCUUCUCCUAAAUAUACGCUACAAGAUGAUACCAGUUCUAAUUGGCGCUACCCGGAGCUUGGGUGAGCCCUGUGCUGAAGUAUCUGCAUCGUGGGCUGCGCAAGCCACUGCAAUCUUCACUCGCGACCACAGAGCUCAAGUACCAGCGCAACUUGCAUUCGACUGUCUUAUAUCGGUGCCUGUUGAUGUCGAGGGCAAUCUAAAAGAGAUCGAAGAACUUCGGCAUUUCCUGCAAUUUCAGUCCACACUAAGCUACCUGAAGGACGGUCGAUACCGCAAUACUCAAGUUGGAAAACACAACGAGCCGUUGGACAUACUGUUGCAGGUGCCUCGGGCACCAUAGGCUCUACUAGAGCCAUAUGGCCCAUAUGGCCAUAUGUUGGCACUCCGCCAUUGUAGUUAGGAAUAAAGCAAGCUUUCUUCCUUUCCUCUUCUUCCUGGUUGCAGCAAUAGCUGCAACAGAGAUCUAUCACGAAUGCUAUUUUCAGAUGUCAAGGUUUCCAAUAGCACAGACUUCUAGACCGUGCAGGCGUCAUUUAUAGGUAUGCAAGUAGCCGUCUAACCUGCCUAGGUACACAUAGAUGGUAGUCGGCUGGCUGUAGACUUACUAAUG